AUGCAAUAUCAGCAGGAGGCGGCAGAGCAACAACAGCAACAAGAACAACAUCCGCUGCUGUCAGCCAUUUCCGGAAAUAAUUAUGCCUUACCUGCCUGGCACUUUGGCCUAGUCGUGUGCGUGUGUGUGUGUGUGCUGUUUGUUUGUGCUUGUCUCGCAAUUUGUUGCACUUACUCACACUCAGCCUGCAAUUUGAAUUCUUGCAGCGAUACCCAGCGUGCCCAUUACCCCUGGCAACACCAGCAGCAGCUCUAUCAGAAUCCCUAUCUCCAUUAUGGACGACCACUGUGGGGCGCUGGCAGCAACCACAACGGUGCUUAUGCCAGCGCAGCCGGCGGCCAUUCGGGCUAUGGCAUGGAGCCAUCGAUGGAGUAUGAGAUGCAGCAUACGCCACCCUCUGGCAGCUAUUCUUCCUAUCAGCCUAGCGGUGGGAGCGCUCCUGCUCAUCCGCCGCAUCCGCCUCAGUCGUCGCCGCCGCCGCAUCCACCGCAUCCGCCUCAAUAUUAUGCGCCCAAAUCGCCACCCACCACGGCUGCCACCAAGAAGAAAAAGAGCUCCAGCUCUGUGAUGUCGGCGCUGACGCUGCUCUCGUUCUUCUUUUUCGUGAAUAUGUUGCAGAGCUGCAUCAAGGAGCAUAUCUCGGAUAUCAACCCCACCGUGAUGGUGCUCACAUCGUCGGGCAGUCGCAAUCGCUUCAAUAAAUUAGCUGAAAUGAACUCACGCGAACAAACCUCAUCGCCGGCAUCCACAAAAGCAUCGGAAUCGGCGGCAUCUUGGCAGCAACAGCAGCAGCCUGCAUUGGUGCCAGCAACCAGUUCCGCCGUGUUGCCCGUCAUUGUUACACCAGCUGUGACGUUGCAUACGCCGUAUAGCAGUGGUCUGGUGACUAAUAAGCCAGCUUCGCAUACCCAUUCGUAUCAGCAAUCGCCGCUGUCGCAUCCACAACAACAUUCUCAUCAUCAUCAUCAGCAGCAGCCGCAGCAGCAGGAGCAACAGCACCAACAUCAUGAUGAUGAUUAUUAUAACGUGCAUCGCACGCCCUCAUCUUCCGCCGAUUUCUAUCCUAAUCGCACACACAUUGACCAGUCGUUGCGCCCCGACUUCAACGCCAACACGGACGCCGGCUCGGACUCAGACUCGGACUAUUAUCAGCAUCACUAUUACCCGGAAAGGGAGCGUCAUCGGCAUCAUUACAUGGACAGCGGCUGGGUGUUUGGCGCCAAUGGUAACUCGUAUUCGCAGUCGCAUUCGCAUCCGCAUCCGUAUUCGCAUGCAGCUGGCAACAAACGUUACUCAUCUUCAGCUUCGUUGGGCGCUCAGUCGGGCGUGAGCUCUUACUCGGAUAAUGCGCGGUACAGGCAUGCCGAUGCCGAUGCCGAUGCUGUUGAUGAUAAUGAUGAUGAUUAUGAUCAACGCUACAACUACAACCACAACAACCAGCGGCAUCGUAAUGAAGCUGCUGACCGAAGUCUACAACGUCCCAUCGGCGAUUCUUUCUACACGCGCAACAAUUGA